CCAUAAUAUGAGUGGCCCAGUUGUUGAAAGCGCCAAGCGGAGCAGUUAGCCCUAUUUUAUAUUCCAUUUUUUAACUUAUUUGAUCAAAAUGCCUCACUCGUGUGCUGCAAUUAAUUGUCAAAAACGUUUUACGGUCGAGACCAGAGCGGCGGGGAUUACCUUUCACAGGUUUCCCAAAGAAAGCAGCAUGAAGAAACAAUGGAUAAGAGCUGUCAGGAGGAAAGACUUCACUCCCAGCAACGCUUCCAGAAUCUGCAGUGAGCAUUUUAAACCAGAGGACUUCGACAGAACAGGCCAGACGGUUAGACUCAGAGAAGGAGUUGUUCCCUCAGUCUUUAGUUUUCCUACUCGUCGCAAAAAGCCUCCAGCAACUAACACAACCAAGACUUCUCCCAAGAAACAAGACAGCAAAGUAGUGAAUAUUUCCCCACCUGCUCAAGAACCUGAACCUCUGCCCAGUCCCGAUUUGGACCACUCUUAUGCACUGCCUCCAUCUCCGGGUGAUCUGAAGGCAAAACUUAAUGAGGCUUUGGAAAGGGUUGAGAGUCUGGAAAGAGAGAUGAGAAAUGCCAAGGAUCGGGAAAGGAGAGCAAAAACUGCAUUACAAGUUCUUCUCAUGGAUCUGAGAGGGAAGAACAUUAUUGAUGAAGAUUUAAAACAAAGACAUGGUUUAUAAAAAGAUAAAAUCAAAAAUAAAGACUUGGCGAACGAUUUUAGUGGGUGCAAUGCACCUUUAUUUUUUUUAUGAAUUUAUAGUUAUUUUUUAAGAGGACUCUGUAUCCAGCUUAAGCUCUGGAUGCUGAUGAUUCUGGACCAUCUUCCCUGCCAGCGAUGCAUCUUCUGUCACAGUAGUCAGGACUGCUUGGAGCUCUACUGCAGUUCUAUAAAAGCAGGUAUUAAUAAAUGUAUUCUUUUAUGCAUAGUUGUCUGUCUUUUUAAUUGUGGCAGAUUUUACAAUAGGUAGUUGCUGUCAUUGGUGCUGCUACUUUGAUAACGGUUAUAAAACCUCUUUAAAAAUAUCUGUCUGUUAUUAGGGGGUUGGUGUAUCAGUGUGCCCAGGUUGGUCUCUCCAAGCACAUCUGGAAGACCUGGCAGACCACAAACCAUCAACCUUUCUCUCAUUGAGAUUUCGUCUCCUGGUCCAUCAGCAGCACAACUGUUGGAUUUGUUUGCACUUAAGAUUUUUUUUAUAUUUGUUUGUUUCAAUCAAAUUAGGUUCAUAUCAAUGAGGAAAUCUAAAGUAUUCACUGGGACUGAAAUCCACAGGUGUGUGGUUGUGUAUAAUAUCAAUUUCUUGUGUUUUUUUUUUGUUUUUUUUUUUUUUUUAUAUAAUGCCUUUGGCUAAUAUUUCACCAUUUUGCCAAACUAAACGUCCCUCAAAUAUUGGGUGAGAAAAGGCUUAAGUAUUUCUGUUCCAAGGAUUUUGUUGAGAUUCUGUGCUUUCUGAAAUUAUGCUAAAAUGUCCUUACUAGCACUUGUGGCAAAUUUGGCAAAUAACGUUA